ACAAAAGAUAAAAACAAAAGCUUUAAAACAAUAAAAUUCACACAUUCAAGAAAUUGUUUGCAAUUCUUUACCGUAUUAACAGAGACAUAAAACAAAUUGCCAGAGUUGAUUGUUCUGGAUGGUCCGAGUUGGACGCGAGCCCAAGUUCCUUGGUUUACUUUUGAUGGUCCCUGCCUACCUUAGGGCAGCUACAUACAGUACCUGAACAACAUGAGCAGGGAGGUCAGAGCUGCUGGACUGAUCAUUUUCCGCAGAGCCACGUCAGGAGUGGAGUACCUCCUGCUUCAGUCAUCUAGGAAGGAGAGGCACUGGACACCACCCAAAGGCCAUGUGGAUCCUGGAGAAAAUGAACUGCAAGCUGCCUUUAGGGAAACAGAAGAGGAGGCAGGACUCCAGGAGGAGGACAUAGGUGUGAUUGAAGGUUUUGAAAGUGUAUUGAAGUACACAGUGAACAACAGACCUAAGACAGUUGUUUACUGGGCAGCUGAACUGAAGAACACCACAGCACCAGUAGUCUUGUCUGACGAGCACGUGGACUUCCGCUGGGCUGGAUUGGCAGAGGCAUGUGCUCUUGCCGCCUUCCCUGAGAUGGUCUCUUCCCUUCAGAAAUGUGACACUUUUCUUCAAGACUAUUUGAGUUAGGUAAUUCAUAUUAUAUACAGUGAUACCACACACACUGUAACCCUUUCACACCACUAGAAACAGGUAUAAAAUUUUUAUAAGCAUCUACAAGAAGGGAAUCAAUAGAUUUUGCAAUUUCUAGCCAGUACAAUGUUUGGAAGUGGCUGUAGAACAAGGAAAAUAUCUUACUGGUUAGUGAUUAAGAAAAGAUCGAUCAAAUAAUAGUGAAAGGGUUAAGAGCUAAGGAGUGCUGAGGUCUACAGGAUCAAAUCCUGGCCACAGUCUGAGGGUAGGAAGGGCAUCCACUUGUGGUAAUAGUUCCCAAAUGUCAGGACCAAAGUCCUUUAGGAGACUGACUUGCAUCAUGACUGCCACCACCACAAAAAGUAAUAGGGCAAAACAGCUGGUUGGUACCAGCAACCCAUGCCACAUCUACCAGUGAAUAGGAAAUUUUUGCAUUUGAAGAGGUAGUAAGCAUCAAAAUUUGAUUUUUUUUUCUUUUUUUAUUAAGUAUGUGAAACUAUAAAAAAAUAAGUAUUUUUAGUAUUUGAUAUACUUAAGAUGGUGUCAUUAGCAAUUCACAUAUUUGGAAAUGGAAUGACACAGUGAGGUUUGGUGUCUUAUUUUCAAGAAUCUUUUUAUUUUCUUCUGUACACUUAUGCUGCUGUAACAUAAAGUUAAGAACCUGCUUACAUAAAUUUAUUCAUAUUAGUUCUACAUGCAGCCCUAAAGCAGUCUUGCUAUGGCCAUCCUGAAGGGGAACAAGUAUCAAAUAAUGAUGAAAGCAGAGUCAGUACAUUGGACAACUGAGAAUUAGUGUGUAGGGAAUGUACACAUUAAACAGUAUGAUUAAGAAGUCUGGCCAGGCCUGAGAUAUAGGUAGAGAUGAGCAAAGUUAUAUUAAUAUCUUUGUAAUGAUGCCAAAUCUUCAGGCAGUAAGUUGCCCUCUAGGUUGAGUAUUGUAUAACUGUAUUAAUUAACUUUUUGCCGUUUUUUUUUCAAUCCAGUCCACGCAUACUUUACUGUUGUUAAAAACUAUACCAAUCCUAAUCCUAAAAGUAGCAAAAUAAAAUGUGCCUUUA